GACUGGGCGAGUUAGGUCCCCUUUGCACGCAUGCGCUUUUCUUCGCCCCGAAAUACCGCGGGAAAUAGUAGCAUUCAUUGUGCUUGUCUUCUGAGCGUAUUUUGAGUGAAACGAAACAUGGGUAGAAAAUCAGCUAAAGGGAAAGAGAAGAAGUUGAGAAGAAAGGAGGAAAAUGCUAAACUGGCUGUAUCCGUUCAGAAGGUUGAAACUGCAAAUAAGCUUGGGGAUCCACUGGCACCAUUUCCUGUUUUCACAAAGUAUGAACGAAAUGGGGUGAGUGUGAAGAUCGAGUGUAAAAAAGUGGCAGAUUUGGACCAAGAGACCGUAGAAUGGAUCUUCCAGCUGACCAGAGAGAACAUGCAGUCGUUAUACGAAUCUUGUGAAUGGGGCUGGAAAGAUAGAGAAAAGAGGGAGGAGCUUACAGAAGACAAGGCUUGGUAUUUGUUAGCCCGAGACCAAGAAAAUAAACCAGUUGCUUUUGUCCACUUCCGAUUCGACAUUGAGUGUGAUGAUGAAGUGUUGUACUUAUAUGAAAUCCAGUUGAUAAAGGAUGUCCGCAAGAAAGGUUUGGGUAAAUUCCUAACACAGAUCAUCGAGUUAAUGGCAAACAAGUAUGAAAUGAGGAAAGUGAUGCUGACAACGUUCAAACACAACCUGGAAGGAUACAACUUCUUCACAAGCAAGCUAAAAUAUGAAGUAGACGAGACUUCACCAGAGGAUCCUGUGUUUUACGAGAGCUACUGUUACAUAAUUCUCAGCAAGUAUACAAAACUUGGUAAACUUUUGAAAAUCAAGGAAGAGAAAGAGGAGGAAGCUAAAAUGGCAGCUAACGGAGGAGCUGGAGACGUACUCCGAGAUGCAAUCACAAGUUGAUGUACUAGUGCAAUGACUGAGUGAACAUUUCAUCCACAGAACCUUCAUCAAACAAUUGAAACAUUCAAACGAAAUGUUGCUGUUAUAAAUAUGCCAUUUUCUGAUCCUCAAGUGAUCGUAGGAAAAUUCUGAUUUUUAAAACGUUUUACCAUUGAUUUUAUGUUUUUGUGAGUGUACAGAAUACUCUUAUUUUUUUUAUGAAUUGGAACAGCUGUUUUGAUUUAGAGGUACGGUACUAGUCUGCUAGUUACCUUCAGGCUUAAUUAAAGCCAAGUCUUAUUAUGUUUCGUAGCAUGGUUUAUUUUGUGUAGAUAAGUUAGUCAGUUGCUUAUCAGUUGUCACACCUGUGGCUUCCUUAUCAGACAUUGGUUCAGAAAUGAAGGCAGCGGUCAGGUAGCCUAGUGGUUAAAGUGUUAGCUCGUCACGCCGAAGACCCGGGUUCGAUUCCCGACAUGGGUACAAUGUGUGAAGCCCAUUUCUGGUGUCCCCUGCCGUGAUAUUGCUGGAAUAU